AGUAGUGAGACUCCUACCACCGCAUGGCGCUGUGGAGCGCAUGAGUACAUUGACAUCAUUGUUUCCUUUCCGGUUAGUUAGCGGCUAACAGGUUUGUCAAGGCAAUGCGGACGUUGUAUAACUGUGGGGAACUGUGACAAGUGUCUUCGUCUGACUGUGUAUCCAGAAUUCAUUUUUCAACAACCCGUCGUGCUUUCACACUCAAUCAACAAACAAUAAGCUUGGUAACGGUAGCAUCUACUUAGCAUUCAGCUAGUUGGGUUCCAGCCUCCAGCAAUGCCUCUCAUCUCAGCCAACCAACCUCAGUUGAUUCGCUCAAGUCAAAAGGACGAAUAUUAUCAAAAUUGUCUGAGGAACAACGCAAACGAAGCUUUCCAGACUCUUGCAGGUUCCAAGAGAUGGCUGCACUGGAGAAAAGAGAUCGAACUACUGUCAGACCUUGCAUACUAUGGUCUAACCACAUUUUCAGGGUACCAGACCUUGGGCGAGGAGUAUGUCAGUAUCAUCCAGGUGGACCCCACCUUGCGCAGGGUGCCGUCCCGUGCCAGACGAGGAGCCUUGGUGCUCCUCCACAGCUUGUUUCCCUACCUCCUGGACAAGCUGCUGGUGUGCCUUGAGAAUGAACUGGAGGCAAGGGAGGGAACCCAGGGCAGCGGAGGCAGGAGAACAGUGGUGGCCCAUUCCUGGAGCCCUGGGACCUGGCUGAGACUCUGGGCCAGGAGGACAGUGGGGCUCCUGACAGAGGCCCAGAGAAGGGCAUGCUUGCCUGCUGUGUCGGCCCUCCAGCAGGGACUCGCUGUGCUUCAUCGGGUGCACGUGGCAGUGUUUUACAUCAGUGGGGCCUUCUACCACCUAGCGAAGAGAACCACUGGAGUCAGCUAUCUGCAGGUGCGCGGUGUGUCUGGGGACGAAGGAGACAUUCGGCGCAGCUACAGGUUACUGGGCGCGGUCUCCCUGCUGCAGCUGGCCCUAAUGCUGGCCCUUCAGAUCAACAACCUCCGGCAAAGACAGAGAGCACGGGAGGAAUGGAGACAGCAUAGGAACCUGUCGUCCAGUGUGUCCAGGCCCCAGUCUGAGGAGAAGACGGACUCCCCGCGCGCCUCCCGCUGCAUCCUGUGCCUGGAGGAGAGGCGGCACUCCACCUCCACCCCCUGUGGCCACCUGUUCUGCUGGGAGUGCAUCACGGAGUGGUGUAACACCAAGGUCACACCAUGAACCGAGUGCCCCUUGUGUCGUGAGAAGUUCCAGCCUCCUCGACUGGUCUACCUGAGGAACUAUUAACUGAAGAGUCAAAACCACUGACUUGGCUUCACUUUUUUCUAAAGGACUGGAUAGGUGCAUAUGGCUAUGAGAGGCCCAUCAUUAAACCCAACUGUGUCUUCUGAAAUGUACCUAUACCCAGCUAAGGUCUGAAGAGGAUCUCCUUUUAUGAAUUGGCUGAACAGUGUAUUUUCUUGCAUUGACUGUGCCAAGAUAUGUCAAUUAUGAAACACAAUGUGUGGAUGGAGAUUUUCACAUUGCUUUUGAAAUGUUUUUCAAUCAGAAUAUAGCAUUCAAAUAAGGAUUUUGGAGCACUGUACUCAGCCCUUUAUUCUGUAUCGUGGUUGUUGAUUCUGGGUCCUUACUUCUUAUUAAUGUACUUUUUUUUCUUUACCCUAUUUUAUGGGAAUGCAUAAUGCAGUGAAAUAUCGAGCAACCAUUAAUUCUUUAAUGGUUUGAAUAUGAAUAAUGAAUAAUGUUUGGAUUGUAUCAGUCUAACUUGUAAAUGUGCAAAUUAAAUGUAAUCAAAUAUUAAGCAGUUAUUCUACUUUUGUAAUAAACAACCGUGCAAUAUU